GACGUUUCUCGCCAAACUGUCAAAAUGGCGCGAAUGUCGACCGCUCGUUCGGGAUCGGGUUCAAAAUCAGUCGAUAAAAGCGCAUAAUAAAAAAAAUAAUUUAAUGACAUGGCUGACUGUGUCGUUAGUGUGUGCUUGGUCGUGCUUGUGUAACUAAAAACCGCUAUUUUAGACUAAAAAGCAGUAUAAUUGAAUCUACACCUACAAAAAGCAACCAAACAGAAAAUCAAACCACUACUCAUCAAUAUUGUUUCUUUACAAACCACAAUUAACGGGAAAAAUACUCAAAAAAUUCAAGGAAAUCUUUCACCGAAACCAAGAAAUCGCGACAUUAAUCUUAGUGUUAUCGAGACAAAGCCUUAAAAAAAAAGAAAAUAUUCGUAAUGCAAUUGUGAUCUCCAAGUUUAUUUUUUUCGAUUUUUUGUUCGAGAACAAAGCGAAAAAAAGUGUUAAGGAAAAAAGUAUUGAGGAACCCGGGAGAAAGUUAUAACAAAACAACUCAGCACGCAUUUACGACAUCUACUCUUGGGAACCACCCGGGAGGAAGUUCGGAAGAUCAAGAAACAACCAUCGCCACAACCACCAGCAGCAGCAGAGGAGGAGGAAAAAGCGACGACCAGCAUUGAUUGAUAACAGCAAGCAACUAACUACAUCAGUACCAACAACAACAACAACAUCAGCAGCCAGAGAAAGAAAGAAAUUCAGCCGAACGGAGGAGAGUGUGUGGCGUGUGCCAUCGGCGGCCACUUCUGCCCUCGCGGACAUACGGCGGCGGCAGCAGCGACAACAGCACGAAGAGGCAGAAGCUGGGCUCGUUGAACAACAUCAUUAGCAGUAACUGCCACAAGGCAUAUUGUAACAUCUUAGCAACAACAUCAACAUCCUGCUGCAGAGGAAGCUCAGUGCGAACCGAAUCGGCAAGUGUGUUUGUGUUGGGAUAGUGUUUUUUUUUUAGAAACUAGAGAACAACAGUUACAGUGAAAUUCAUUGAGGAUAACACCAAAAUUCUUCUCGCUAACCUACAACUAGUGCGUAACGACGACUCACGAGUACGGAAGCCAAAAAAUCAUCGCAAAGCAACUAAUUAUUGUGUCUGAAUUGUAUUGUACAACUAGCUAGGCCCAGGUAGCUAGUACGGACAACCACGACAAAACAGACAGUUCGAUCGUUCCUCGUUUUUUAAUCGAUUUUGCGUCUCGCACCGGAAGUACUAUUGUUUUCCCGUUUGCCAUCGAUCGCACCCCAUCACACCAACAGUAACGAAAACCAGCAUCAUCAGCAAGCCGGGAAGAUAAAACGGUAAGGGUUUUAUUGGACACAAUAGUGCGACGAACGUCGGAAGGAAAUUACUAACUAAACUAUUACCAAGUACAAAGUAUCAGAAAACAGAAAACAAACGGAAAACUAAGCAAAACAAGGGAAAAGCAACACAUUUCGUUAAGUUAGUUUAUUUAAAGUAAUUGAAAGCACAUGCAGUUCCGGAAGAUUCUAUUGGUUUGAAUUGCGGCUGUUUUUUCGGUUUCGGACUUCGGUAGACAGCGUGGGAAAGUGAAGUGAGAAGAAGGAAAAAGGAGAGACCAAAAGUGGAAUAGUGAGAGAUUCAUAAAAGGACGAACACAGGAUCUUGCUGGGAGUUAUUUUUCGGUGGAGGAGCGCGUUUUUUAUGAGAAGAGACAUAAAGAGAUGGUGGACACUAUAGAAAAUAUUUAACAAAUCUAAAAGUCUAAAGCGGAAAACAAAAGAGGAAAUUUAAAAUUCUGAAAUAAAAAAGAAUACAAAUAAAACCAUUCUGUGAUAAAAUUUAAAAAUAUAACAAGUAAACAAAAGUAAGCGUACGUUUAUUGAAGCAAAACUAAGUUUAAGCUAAGAAGUAAGUGAAUAAACCCCUGCCCUGCAAAGGGUGCCACACAAAAACACGAAAAACUGCAAACUAAACUAGAAAGUGACGCAGAAGCGCAGAAGAUCACUUCCUACCGUUACGCAGGCGAGUGAAGCCUGCGUUGAAACUUCGAAAGACUAAGUGAAACAACCUAACACAAGAACAAGUGAAAAAAAAACAAGUGUAACCGGAUAGUGAUUCCUUCUACAAACUAUCAUAUACAAAAGAAGUGCAGAUAGAACUCAUUUGCCUAAACAGUAACCUACGCGCUAGCUUUUAUUUAUCGAAUUUUCCUCUUGUUUUUUUUUUAUUGAACUGCUAUUUAAGUUUGAGUUUAUCGAGUUUCUGCGCGCGCCAGCGAAGAAACGAGGAACUGUUUUUAUUUUUCAAAAACCGUGUUGAUCCGUGUGUGAAUAACUGAUUGAUUCUCGAAGCGAGAGGAGACGGAGCAAAUAUAAGUGUAUGUUCUUCAAAGAAGAAUUUAAAACAGAAAAAUCUGAUAAAUUAUUGAAAUUAUUAGUAAAAAGCAAAAAAGUAAAUCUAGCUUAGUGCAAACGCCGAAAACAAACAGAAGAAGAAAGUGAAAGAAGAGCGACACAGCUAGAAAAGAAUAAGUAAACUUCGGUGUGCUUUUCGUGGUUAUCAUCAUCUAUCAUUAUCAUUGUUAUACUAAACAAAAUUAAGACAAAUAUCCUCCUGCAAACCGGUGAUCUGUGCGAAGGAACGGACUCUCAAACAGGCGUAUCCCGAAGUGUUAGAAGGAAAAGAGUGUCCUUGUCAUCCGGAACGAGCCCCUGUGCGGUCACAAAGAGAAGAGACACGCGCCGAACACGAUUUUCAGAGGAAUAAAAGAGAAGAAUAUAUCCGAUAAGGCUGAUUUGUGAAUAUAGAAACCAAAUUCAAAUAUUAUUAAUUAGAAAAGCAAGAAGCAAGUAGAACUUCAACAUUUUUUUCUUCGUCAUAAGUGAUUAUUAAGUGGAAGCUUCACACUCUCGGAAGAAACCUGCAACUAGUGGAAAUUUUAGUGUGAUUACUCUAGUAAAACCUAAAAAGUAGACUUUGGAAGCGUGAAUCUUUGGUCUUGAAAAGUAAAAGAGUUUUGGAGUGCACAAUCUUCAAAAAAAAAAAAAAAAACAUUUCAUCCUCGGAAGUAGCAGAGCUCAGAAGAACCGUUGAACUCUAAACCGUUGACUGCCAAACAUUCUAAACCGCAGAUACGGUGUGCCAGGGCGAUUUACGAAGAAAAGUGGAAGUGAUUCUAGCGGCUAGUGCACGGUGUAGAACAUCAGCACUCUUCCCCAUCGCAGGCGAUUCAGCUGAUAUCAGAACAACUGCUUGUUGAUCCGGUUCGAAAAAGUGGACAGUUUAUUUUUUCGCGAACAACCGCACGAGAUAAAAGUAGCAAACGUGGACUCGCAGGCGCGUCCCCGUCGAGGAGUAGCAACAGGUCCGAUUCCCGGCCCACUCAUGAACAUGGGAAGCCAAGCUAGACCCUUCCGCUCGGCUGAGGCCGGUCAAUUCAUGGACUUCGUCGAUUACGGCCAGCGGGACAUGUUGUUUGGUGGUCAGGGCAAUCCGUCGGCGGCAUCGCGUCCUCCGUUGACUCCGUCGAACUCGUUCCCACCGAUCGGGACAUUCACGCUGGAUUCGACCAGCAUGGCGGCUCCCCCAAGCCAAAACAACGUUUUUGGUGGAGGUGACACCAUGGGUGUUCUCGGUGGAUCCGGUGGUUCCGGGUCGAUCGGGGUGUUCAACGCUAACGCUAUGAUGAGCAUGUCCGGUGGAGGCGGUGCUGGUGGAAGCGGCGCUGGUGGAUCCGGUGGCGGUUCAUCCGCCAAUUCUGCUCCUGGUAACUCGAGCGGCUCGUACGGAUCGGGAGGGCAAUCGAAUAGCAACGGGGUCGAUGCCAACCAAGGAACUCGCGAAACGGGAAUCAUCGAAAAGUUGUUGCAUUCGUAUGGCUUCAUCCAGUGCUGCGAGCGCCAAGCUAGGCUCUUUUUCCACUUUUCUCAGUUCGGUGGAACCAUCGAGCAUCUGAAGAUUGGCGAUCCGGUCGAGUUUGAAAUGACGUACGAUCGCCGUACGGGAAAACCGAUCGCCAGUCAGGUGAGCAAGAUUGCUCCGGAGGUGGUGCUGUCGGAGGAACGCGUCACCGGAACGGUUACCACCGAGCUGAAGACCGAAUCAUCGCAAGCUGCAUCGAGCGACACCACUACCGGUCGGAUCAGCUACGAAAACCGUGGCGAGUGCUUCUUCCUACCUUAUACCAAAGAUGAUGUCGAGGGAAACGUUUGUCUGAGAGCUGGCGACAAGGUCAGCUUUCAGAUUGCCACCAAUCAGAGGGGCAACUUGGGAGCAUGCCAUAUUCGUUUGGAGAAUCCGGCUCAUCCGGUCAAGUACCGUGGAGUGGUUUGCUCGAUGAAGGACACUUUCGGUUUCAUCGAGCGGGCGGAUGUCGUGAAGGAGAUCUUCUUCCACUUCUCUGAAACCGACAACACCAUCGAGCUGCGUCCGGGAGAUGACGUUGAGUUCAUCAUUCAGACCAGAAAUCAGGGUAAAGAGGUUGCAUGCAACAUUGCCCGUCUCCCGCCGGGGUCGGUCAUUUUCGAGGAUGUUGAUUCAACCAUUUACAAGGGCCAGGUGCUCAAGUCACUCGACCGCAACAACCAGUUGCGCCAACAGAACAACGAUCCGCUACCCGGACGAAUUAGAUAUAGAGCUGCCGACCAUUCGGAAGUAGAAGUGCCAUUCGGGGACAAGGACCAGAAGGGUGACUUCACCCUGCGCCACGGUGACUGGGUGCAGUUCUUGCUGGCGACCGACCGUCGCGAUCAGCUGCAGCGGGCCACGUCGAUCUCGCUGUUGGACGAAACGUUCCAGGUUUCCGGCGAGAAGCGCGAGCAGGGCGUCGUGGCCUCGCUUAAGGAAGGCUUCGGCUUCCUGCGCUGCGUCGAACGUAACAUAAGACUGUUUUUCCACUUCACCGAGGUGUUGGACACGAGCCGUGAGAUUUGCGUUGACGAUGAGGUGGAAUUCACCGUAAUUCAGGACCCGGGCUCUAGUUUUGCCAACACUCGCCAGAGCGCCAUCCGCAUCAAGCACUUGCCGGUGGGAACGGUCAAGUUUGAAACCCUUAUCGAGAGCAACGUCGAGGGUAUCGUGUCACGCGAGGCUCCCAAGAGCCCAAUCAAGUCACAGGAACGUACCGAGGGUGGUGUCAUUUCCUACGGCCAAGGCCCCAACAAAAAGACUAUAAUGUAUUUCUUGAAAGAUUGUGAUAAAGCACCGCGUGUGGGUGAUAAAGUUAGAUUCAAUAUCUGUCAAGUUAAACGUAACAAAGAGUUGAUCGCUACUAACAUCCAGGAAAUUACUAAUCAACUUCAGCACCAGUCGUCACUUAGCGGUGACCAGCAGCAGCAGGGCUCCCAGCAAUCCCAGCAGAUGCAGCUGUCAUCACUGCACAAUCUCCAGCAGCAACCGCACUCGCCGAGCGCUGGUAUGAACAACGGCAACCGUAUGAACAGCACUUCGGCCAUGAUGAAGGCCAGCUAUGCCAAUGGAAACAUCAAGCCUGGCAAGGUUCACCACGGCUUCAUCGCUGUGCUAAAGGAAAACUUCGGCUUCAUCGAAACGCUCGAGCACGAUCAGGAAGUGUUCUUCCACUUUAGCAACUUCAUUGGCAACACCAACGCCCUUGAGCUUGGUCACGAGGUGGAAUAUUCUCUGUCCACGCGCAGUGCCGUCAACGCCGGCAACUGCAUUCCGGCCGAGAACGUCAAAGUUAUCCCGAAAGGUAGCAUCCCGCAACCGAAGGUACUGCCGGCAGUCUACAAUGGUGUGGUUUUGCGUCCGCUGCGGUGCAUCAAUCCGGACCAACCGGAGUACUGCGGAUUGGUGCAGGUGCGCAACGAAGCCGGCGAAGCUAUGACCACGCAUGAAUUCGGCAUCACCAGCCUGAAGAACAAGCGGGAUCUGCUGCAGAAGGACGACAUGGUGACCUUCAAGGUCGACGAACAGAAUCGUGCUGUUGAGGUUACAUCAAUCCGUACUAAGAAGCAAGCUAAGGUUGAUUCCGUUAAGGGCUUGUUCGGUUUUCUGGACUUUGAAGUCGAGGAAGGCAAGAAGCUGUUCUUCCACAUGUCCGAGGUUCAGGGUGGCGGUUGCCUCUAUCCAGGCGAUUCGGUAGAAUUCUCCAUCGUUACAAACCAGCGCAACGGUAAAACAUCGGCUUGUAACAUGAUCAAGGUAGCUGACGCGAAUGGGGUCCGCGCCGAGCGGCUCCUUUCGCGCAUCAAGCUCAACUCGGUUGACGACAGUGGACCACGCUUGACAGUAAUUCGUGCACCGAAAGGACCAGAUGGUACAAAAGGCUUCCAUAUUUCAGUCAGAGCUCCACGUUUAGUUGGAAUUUGCUUGGAUUGAACUCUUUACACUAUUAUUAAUGAAUAAUAACGCUAUAGUUUUUUGUUUUAUUUUUCUAAUGAUUUAUUAUUUAAAUUAUUUAAACAAAUCUUUUUAUUGCAACCUAUAUUAUUGUGAAACGUAAACGCUAAGUGAUUAUUAUUUAUAAACGAAAAAGGAAACAAACAAGAAAAAUGUAACAAGUAACAAAGUGAAAUGAAACAAUACGCCGCAUAUAUACACAAAAAUACACACACAAACAUAUAUACAAAGAAGUAAAUGUGAGCAAAGCGUUAGAAAAGAAACAAAUACCGAAAGAAAAAAAGAGAAGAAAGCAAAAGCACCAUAAUGUAACUAGCGCAUUAGUGAAAACGAAACAAGAAGUAAGAAGUGUAAUAAUCAAAUCAAACAGAAGGAAAAUCGCGUAUGUUUUACUAAAACAAGCAGUUUAUACACACAUACAAUUAUGUAACAUUGCCGGGUGCAACAUGUUGACUAAACACACAUAAACUGAAAAAAAAAACUGUUGCAUACGGCAUUCUCUUUACUGUUAAAAAACAACUAUUGUUUCUAAAAGAUGUACCCAUUAAACGAAUGUUUGCUCUGUGCCAGAGAGGAAAAGAGUUAGUUUUGAAAACAUGAUUUUUCAUUUUUAAACAUUUUAUUGUUUUGCACGAGCGCCACGCGAGGGUCUGUGAUGUUACACUCGUGUGUUUGUGUACGCGUAUCAUUGUUCUUGAUAGUUUUUUCAUCAUUUUUUUUAGCUGUAUCAGUUAGGACUCUGUGCAUCUGAUUGCCUCGCACGAGUGGUAUACUACGUUUCAGUACGAAUGCAACCUGCAAACAAAUGAAAGAAAUAAAGCAAAAAACAAAACAUUAUGGUUUAGAGGAGAACGUUGGAAGCGGGAGGAAGUUUACGCGAAUCAGCUAGGAAACACAAGCGGUUAGCGAUGAUACACAUUAUUAAUCUAGAAAGUAAUAAGAUUAUUAAAGCAAGCAAGCAACCAUUAAGAGACAUGAAUCUAAUUCAUCGUUCUACGAAUCGCUAAAUGUAACACAAGCAAAAGAUUAAGAGACAAACAAGUAAAGAAUACCAAAAGCUAGUUCUUUCGCGAGAAGAAGAAAAAAUAAUCGGAAAUCUUCAGACUGUUAUUGCCCACACUUUUUCAAUGUGUCCUGUCUUUUAGAAUUUACCCUCGAAUUACCUAUUAUAUACAACAACAGCAACAACGCCAAGAAAUGGUAUGAAGAAGCAGAAGAGGAAGAAGCAGAAGGAUGAACGCUAAUAAUGUCUGCUUACCCCUCACCGAUAGCCUCUCCGGGUGGAAGCUGUGUAAUGGAAUGUACGCACUAUAAAAUUGAUCGUUUGUUUGUGGUUCUUUCAUUAAAGGAUGAUUUCCAGCAGUUUUUAUUGAUUUCGUAUUGUGGAAGAUGAUUGCCAUAUCAGGAUCUAAUGUGGACAUUGUCAUUUUGUGUUGGACAAUAGUAAACUUCGAACGUUUAAACCGCACCAAUUUGAAGACAUGUUAGUGGAGCUGGAAUAAUCGUGGCUGCUGAUACUGGAAUUGCUCUCCCCUUGAUGCUUGUUGAAAAAAAUAUGAUAAACUCAUUUCAAUUAUCAGACGUCAUAAAACUGUCUUCUUUUGUUAUUUCUCAUAAUUAUGUCUCUGUGCCGGGAUAGAAUUGUUUAUAUCCCUAUUGCCUUCCUUGAAUGUGGUAGCUAAGCACUGAUCGGGGCACGAAUUUGUCUAUUCUUAUGUCUAUAAGCAAUAUAGCGAAGUUUCAAAAUGGUAACCUUAAAAAUACGGUGUUUUGGAAACAGAAACCCUGGGCAACAUCUAAAAUCAACAUUAAUUUUCAGAUAGGGUGGGGCGGGGCAAGAUGGGUCGCAUAAGGAUGGAUCUCCAUAACUUCGUAAAUACAAAUCGGAUUGGUUUGCAUUCGUCCGCUACUCUUUAAUACACUAGUUAGCUAUGCUAAAAGUCGAUAAAAAGUUCAUUAAAUACAAAAUAUAAUGUUAAACAAGCAGUUUUAAAAAGUGAUCGAUUUUGUGCCGUGAAAAAAGUGCGGGGCAAGAUGGGUCACCUUUUAAGUAAUUAACAUUUUCUCAACGAAAAACGUCAAAAUAUAAGAUUUGUUCCGCAUUCAAAUAUGCUCCAUAUCCAUACUGAGUAAACAAGAGCUAGGGUGCCUGUACCAAUUAUGGCACUACCUAAGGAAAACUAUGUGUACAAAAAUAACGAGAUGACCAACGAAUAUCAUCAAUAUGGUAAAGGACAGCUUAGUUUCCAUACUUUACAGGAAAAAUAUAGAAACGGAGCCAAAACUACCUCUAGCAUUUAAUACAGCGUGUGCCAAUGAUAGGAACCAUGUACCAGUUAUGGCUACAUUUUUUAACUUCGGUUCCUUUUCGCACUAUUUGCAUGCAUUUCUUAUGGGAUUAGCCAUAUUUGGUACCCUAUGGCGAAAAAGGGUGCAAGGAAGCCGAAAUUUUAAGGAAAAUGAUUUAUUUCUACCAUAAUUUGAUCAAAAUGUGGAGUUUAAAUGAGUGCAACCAUCUUUUGUGAACGUGAUCUGUUGUUAACAAUUUUUUUCUUGUUGAUUUACAUCGUUAGAGGGUGAAAAUCAACCAUGGCGAAUAAUUGGCACUAUAGCCAUAAUUGGUACACUUACCCUACUAAUAAACAUUUUAUAAAUUUAUUUGGAAUAUAAAAAACUUUACGAUUUGAGUGGUCCUGAGGCGACUUGAAAAUCAAUGUUUUUACUAAAAAAUUAUCAUAAUUUUAUGUUAUAAUUUUGAGCGUUUAUUCCGCUUGAUUGAAGUCAUUUAUGAGAUAGUCUUGUAAUAAAAAAUAAAUAACUUUUGAAUGCUCCAAAAAUACGUUCAAAAUUGAAGGUGACCCAUCUUGCCCCGCGGCCGUUUAUAUGGAGAAUAUAUGGAAUGUAUUGCAUAAGAAAAAUGGCAAAAAAACCAUUUUAUUUUGUAUUUCCAAUGAGAGUGAAUAAUUUUUCAAUCAAUGCCCCAAACUUUUGUAUAUUCAUGCUGGUCAUCUAACAAAAUUAUUAACAUAAUCAAAACAUGAGUAAUGCGCCCGAAAAUGGCACUGACCCAUCUUGCCCCGCGACCCAUCUUGCCCCGCCCCACCCUACCUAAGUUGAUUUACUCAACUUAGUGUGUAUAACAGGACCCCAUUUUAUUUGUGUAGAGUCACCUAUGCACACCCUUCUUUGUAUUCAAUGGAUGUUAUAUCAUCUGAAGUGAAGAACCACAUUGACCAAAGCUAAGCGAAACGCUACACAACCAGACGGAAUACAGCUACACAACAGAUAUACAACAAGUUAAUGCUUGAUCACUCGUAAACGUACUAUUUAUAAGUGUGAUUGAACUUGAAACUAAUAUAGGGAUUGUAUCGGCUAAAGGAAAAAAAAAUAAGGAUGAUAUGCGAUACGUAGAGGAAGGCUAUCGUUAUUGAGUAACAAACGUUCUGUUAAGCUCCCUGUUUUUAUUAAUCAUCAACUUGAUCUAGUCUUCGUAACAAAAGCAAGUAAACAUGAAGAAGAAAAGGAAGGAAGAAACAACCAACAAAUAACAAGAACUCAACAACACGUAACUGAACUUUGAACUAAUAGACCCUUCACAGCCUAAAACUGCUGCUUAGCAGAGCAACAAAACAUUCACGCCAAGUACACACAAAUAAAUCCAUUUCCCACUCAAAUCAAAUCCCUCAGAUUAUGUUAACUUCCAAACUACAACGCAAUGCAUAGCAAAAUCACAUACCAUUAAUAAAAAAAACUACAUUGCAUUACAUGGAUAAACAAAUAUUGAAAAAUAAAAAAAUAACUUCAAGAGACUACGGGAUCAAAAUUGCAUGUGAAAGCCAUUGAGUGUUAACUUUUUCACACCGAUCAAAAAUAAACAAAAAAAGAAGAACAAGAAAUGUGAAAGCAAACAAAGAAAAAGAAUCAUUUUAAACAUGUAACGAAACGCUUCUGAUUUUUGUCCCGUAUAUAUUCAGACAAAAGUAAAACAAACAAGAAAAAGCUAAUACACCACACACUACACAUACACACACACAUACAACUACAAAUACUGGAACAGCAAGGAAACUACAAUAAAAAAAUAACAAAAAAUGAAAGAAAAAACAAACAAAAAAAUGAAAAAAGGAACAAAAAAUCAACGAAAAAAAAAAACAAAAAUCAAUAAACAGUGUAAUUUAAACGAAAAUCUCUAAUGUAACCAAGUAAAAGUAAAAGAUAAAUGAAACAUUGUAAGGCUAAUUACGCAAAACUGACGUAUAAAACAAAAAAUGGAAAGAAAAAAACAAAACAUUGUGAACGCAUGGCAAAAACAAGAAACAAAAAACGGAAAAAAAAUGCAAAUAAAAAAGCAAAAAAGAUAUAUCUAAAGUCGAGUAACUAAUGGAAACU